GGUUAUCAAAUAUGGCGGAUUGUUUGUGUUUUGCGAUUAAAUGUCAACCUGUCAAUCGUUCAAUAUAAUAGAGAAAAGAAAUAAUUAUUUUUAAUAAUUGAUAAUUAUUUAUUUUUAUUCAUCGUUUUUAAAGGAAAAAGAAGACACUUUAUCUAUAAAAAUGCCGGCAGUUAUUGUGGGAAAUCCCCAACGAACUGAACAAAUGGCCGAGGCUUUAAAAGUUCAUAUUCUUCGUGAAAGACAACGUAAAAAACAAGAGCAAGAAGCUGACGCCGAGGAAGAACGUCAACGAAAAGAACGGGAACGUCAACAAAAACAGGAUGUUAUGACACUUGGUGAAACACGUGAACAAAUCACAACAUUGGAAAAUGAAUUGUCACAAUUGAAGGACGAGAAACACCAAUUAUUUUUGCAAUUGAAAAAAGUACUCAACGAAGAUGAUAAUAGAAGGCGGCAGCUCAUUAAAGAAAACAAUGCUUGUUCGGAAAUUAUGCCGACUACCGGUGGUUAUCGGGAUCCAGGAACCGGAACUGGUGGAGUUUGCAGAAGUUUAAGAGAUCCCGUUUUUCCCGGGCAAAUGGUUCCGAGUCAUCCGCUUUACAAAAUAUUGAGCACAUUACCAGCACAAAUGCCAGCGACUAUGAAGAGAACAAGAAGUCCUUCACCACCGCCACAGGCCUAUGGACCAUUUGUCUACACAGCAGCUCCGAUUCCAAAUUAUAAAAAUCCCAUACCCAAAACAGAAGAAGCUGCCAGAAGAACGGGAGAUUCACGAGCCGUUCUUUGGAAUAAAAAUAAUCAGUAUCCACCAUCGAGUUUUUAUUCAACUCCAACUGGUCAAGGCGUUUUCAGUUAUUCCGCUCCCACUUCGCAACCGUCCAGAGAAUCAGAAGCUGAAUACAUCACACUGCAGUCAAUUAUGCAAGACAAAUUUUAUCCAAGACCAACGAGUCACGUUACCGUUCAUGGAGGAGCGAUUCCUAUUCAACAGCCGCCUCAGGGUGCAAAAACUGGUGGCAUUACUUCCGGAUAUCCGGUGAGAGCGCCACAACCGCCUCCCAGUGCUUAUCAGCCGCCGCCACCGCCUCCUGGAACUUACGUUAGCGUUUCUGGUUCAAAUGUUCCCAGUAGAUUGCUUUACACACAACCGGGCACUCGUUAUCUUCAACGGGACGUGUAAUCGUUAAAUAUAAAUAUAUAUUUUUUAAAAAUUGUUUUUUUUUUUGUUUAUAAAACAAACUUUUAUGAAUCGCACUUUUUAUAUUACAAGUAAUAAUAAUAUUAUUAAGGCAAAUAAAACGAAAACAUUCGGACAAUGAAUAUUAUUGAUAAUAAUAAUAAUAAAAAUAAAUUAUAAAUGAAACAAGAUUAAAAAAAAUUAUAAAUAGGC